CAACUUCAUCUGUUCUCUUCUUUUCUCAUUCUAUCUUUCUCUCCACAUUCAUCUCCUCCCUCUCCUUUUCCCCUCCUACUCCCCCACCCGCGGGGCAUGCCAGACCCCCCGCCCUCUCGCCCCGGCCUCAUCCACCGCCCCUCGGCCGUUGGGCUUAACCUCAACCUCAACCUCGCCAACUCGCCCUCAGAAUCGCCCACCCCGAGACCCGACAGUGGCUACUUCGGUCUCCUGUCUUCCGCCCUCCGCUCCGACCCGCAAAUGAUCCCACGCCGCCGCAGAGGCUCCGACUCCGUGUCCACGACGUCGUCGUCCUCGCCCCCCCGGCGCGGCGGGCAUUCUGGCCCAGCUUUCCGAGUCACCCUCCAAACUCUCCAAGCCAAAACCCACUACAUCAUCUCCGUACCUCGCCUACUUUGGCCGCCGGAUGCCCCCCACCCCACCCCGUUCCCACGGUAGCCGCGAAAGCACAUCGCCCUCGCCCAUGUUCGCCCCGGCGCCCCCGGCGCCCACCGUCUCCCACGUUCACGUGCAGGCGAGUGCCGAACCCGCCUCGCCCGCGUCGCCGUCCUCGCCUGCAUCCCCCAUAUCGCCACUACACUCGAAAAACAAGAGACCUCCAUCGCUGAACAUGCGCCCCCCGGCGCCCACCAUCUCUCAACCCGCCGUCGCCACCUCCUCUGUUACCCAGCGCGGUUUCGCACCCUCCCCCGCCACCGCGACGGCGUCGACAUCGGGCGCGGCCGCCGCCCUCUCGAUGCCCAGAAGCCAGAGCGCAAGCGACAGACUGAGCGGCAUGUUAGCCGAGCGCCCACGCAGCAGCCGCAGCAGUGUCAGAUCCGUCAAGUCGACUAAAUCCGCAAAGGCCACCGAAGUUCCCACGCGCUCUUCUAUCUGCACGGACGCUUCGCCUUCCAUCAUCUCGGCGAGCAGCACGCGCCGAUCCAGUGCUUCGGACGCGUCUCCUGCGCCCCACGCGCCCCACGCGCACGGCCCUCCGCUUCCCGCGCCUCAUCACGACCGUGCGCAAGCCACGAGCAAGCCGGACGUGGACAGAACCUCUCUCUCUCCCACUACGCCGAAGAAACGCAUGUCGCCCGACGCCGCGUCCCCCCUCUCGGGCCCCUUGAUGACCCACCGCGCCGCGUCCCCCGCAACGCACCGGGAGAGCAGCGACAAGCCGUGGCUGCCCACGGGUGUGACGGACAGUGCCGAGAUCGAGCUGAACGACGUGGACGCGUCCCCCGCCCCCGCCCCGGCCCCAGCCCCGGCCCGCGCCUCGGCUCCUGUGUCCAACUACGCGCCGCCGUACGCGCCCCGCCGCGCGUCCCUUCAACCGAGCGGCAAGGGCGAGCCACAGCGCUACGCGCUCACCUUCGCGGCGUCGCUCUCCUCUGGCGCCGACCUCCCGCUCAGCCGCCGACGCAUCGAGCUCGAGCUGCUGUGGGAUCUCGCGCCGGCGCCGAGCGCAUGGGACUAUCUCCCCGGCGCAAAGUAUCUUCCUGCGUGGCGGCUGCGCGCCGCCGGGGCGCAGUCGGGCACGGCGAGAGACGAGGGAUGGCUCCGCUGGGCCGCGGCGCACGUGCCCGUGGUCGGCGGCGUCGUGCGCGAGUGGUUGUAAUAUGCAUGUAUGUACUAGUGUUA